CCGCACGGGGGCGCUGCGUCCGAGGCGCUUAGAGGAAGAAGUAAAGCCGAGUCCGCGCUGGGCCCUGCCUGACGCCUGCGUACAGACACCCGCGCCGGCUUUGGCUCCCCUUUUUCUCUGCCGGAGGCACAGAUUGGACCCACGGGCGGGGCGUGAUGGUGGUCGGUACCGGAACCUCCUUGGCGCUGUCCUCCCUCCUGUCUCUGCUGCUCUUCGCUGGCAUGCAGAUAUACAGCCGCCAGCUGGCCUCCACCGAGUGGCUCACUAUUCAGGGGGGCCUGCUGGGCUCAGGCCUUUUCGUCUUCUCCCUGACUGCCUUCAAUAAUCUCGAGAAUCUGGUCUUUGGUAAAGGUUUCCAAGCAAAGAUCUUCCCUGAGAUUCUCAUCUGCUUGCUGUUGGCACUCUUUGCAUCUGGCCUCAUCCACCGAGUCUGUGUCACCACCUGCUUCAUCUUCUCCAUGGUUGGCCUGUACUAUAUCAACAAGAUAUCCUCCACUCUGUACCAGGUGACAGCACCAGUCCUCACACCAGCCAAGGUCACUGGCAAGGGCAAGAAGAGGAACUAAUCCUGAAUGAUUAAUAAAGUUGAUUCUUUGUA